CCCCUGCAUCGGCAGGUGGACUCUCAACCACUGCGCCACCAGGGAAGCCCUUAAAUACCUUUUGGAACUCUUCUCAGAUUGUGAAGAUGGAAGGGGUCCAACCCCUGGAUGAGCAUGUUGGAAACGCACCAGGACGGAGAUUCUUGAGGAACAAGCUAUUGCUGGUGUCCUCCGUAAUUCAGGGGCUGGGGCUGCUCCUGUGUCUCACCUACAUCUGUCUGCACUUCUCUGCUCAGGAGGGAAGCCUGCCGCCAUGUCCUGCCGGCCGCUGUGGGAAGUCGCUCCAGGACCUUGCUUCAAACGUGUCACCACUGAGCACUGAGCAGAGUUUGCUGCACUAUACACUCUCAUUCCUGCAAAGAAUGAGUUUGAGCCACGUGGAGAUUAUGCCUUUAGGCCAUUCAAGUCCUCAAGGAGCACAGAGACCAUCCUGGAAGAAAUGGCUACUCUACUCAACAAUAGUUAUUUUGCUAUUACUUUGCUCCUUCAGUACACUAAUCUUUACUUUUCUUCCACUCAAGACUGCCAGUGGGCCCUGUAUAGCGAAGUUUGGACCAUUACCUUCAAAAUGGCAAAUGCCCUCUCCUGAGCCUUCUUGUGUGACUAAGACAGCUGAUUGGAGGCUGAAAAUACUUCAGAGUGGUUUGUAUUUAAUUUACGGCCAAGUGGCUCCCAAUACAGCCUACAAGGGGCGAGCUCCUUUUGAGGCGCUGCUACGUAAGAAUGAAGACCCCAUACAAGCUCUAACGAACAACUCUACAAUCCAGAACGUAGGAGGGGCUUAUGAAUUCCAUGCUGGAGAUGUAAUAGACUUGAUAUUCAACGCUGAACAUCAGGUUCUAAAAAAUAACACAUACUGGGGGAUCUAUUUGCUAGCAAAUCCCCAGUUCAUCUCCUAGAGACUCGAUUUGGUCUCCUCUGUCCUCUUCAGCACAUGCAGAGAUGCCAGUGGGUAGGAUGGAGGAGGAAGAGUCUCAAUGCCUACAGUUCAUCUGGGCAUACAGAUCAACACAAACAGAACUCCUCUGCAUGUGGAUUUUCAUUUCUCAUGCCUGUCUGAAUAAGACUCAGAGGGAGGACCAAAGACAUUUGGUACCCUUGACGUUAGGUCAGCAAAGGCACUUUACUAGUUCAUGAUAAAAUGAAUACGGGUGGCUAGAGGACAGAAUCUUCUCAAAGUGUCUUUGUCUAAUCCUUGACUCCCUGGGUGGAAAAAAAUGAACUCUUAUUCCCAUGGGAGCCUUACCUGGUACGAAAAAAGAUCUAGGGCAGUAGCCUGGCCUUGUUCUCAUACUCUUGGGCCGUGGAUUUCUUGACUUCAUUCCUCCCAUAUUCCCAUCUUCUGAGACCCUCCUAAUAAAAAGUAGUCAGACUUGGAGGGUGGCCACAGAUAGGCCAGCAAUACACCACUUUAGAUUUGAUGGCAUUAGAGGAUAGAGAACACUCUUGAGAACUGUUGGGACAGAGGCAAAGGUGGCAUUGGAAUGGAACGCACUUUAUUCGGGAACUUUCCUUGAUUUUAUCAUACUCAGGACGCAGGGUGCUUUAUAAAACUAGCUGGUCAAAAGGGUCAUUCUGAACCUUCACAUAGGGCUUCAAGAGAACUUGUGUAUGUGUCUAAACGUUGUCAGUAGUAAAGAAAGAGUAAUCAUUACUAAUCAUAAGAUUUACCCCAGAAAUUGAUAUUACCAUUACUGUAUUUUGUCAUGUAAUGAUUUCAUAUUUUUAGCUAGCUCUGCACAGUUUGCAAAGUGCUUUCAUAUAUCACAUGACAAUUCUAUGAAGUUAAUGGAGCAGGUAUUUUUGGCACAGUUUUAACAAUGAGAAUUUGGAGGCAGAUGGAACAUAGGUAGCUUGUUUCAACCCACAGAACUAGUGAUUAACAAGGGGCCCUGGGCUUACCACUGUAUCACACUGUUCU